AUGUCCGCAGCUGGUGCAGGAACCUUCAGAGGUACCCCAAAGAACUCGAGAGCUCCAGCACCUUUUCCUAACAGUCCCUCUGGCAUUCCUCGACCGAGCCACGACCAGCACCCUUCGCAAAGCGAUGCAGGAUCCACAUUGAGUGCCAGCAGAGCGAAGCAGUCAAAGCGAGAUGAAGCAAUCCGUCGAAAGAUCGAAACGGAUUUGAACAAGAAGAAGCAAUCCCGCACAACAGUUCGUCCUAACCGAAAAGCCCCUCCCGGAACUGUCCUUGCUCUCAAGCCAAGCCCCGCUCUACAGAUAAAACCUAAUACAACAGUUGCAGAAGCUGCACAGUUGAUGGCAGCGAAGAGAGAAGAUUGCGUACUUGUCACGGACGACGACGAGCGCAUUGCGGGUAUAUUUACUGCUAAAGAUCUUGCAUUCCGUGUCGUAGGAGCUGGAAUCAAGGCUCGAGAUGUCACCAUUGCAGACAUUAUGACCAAGAACCCCCUGUGUGCCAAGACUGACACCAGUGCCACUGAUGCCCUUGAUCUAAUGGUCAGGAAGGGCUUUAGGCAUUUGCCUGUCAUGGAUGAGAACCAUGAUAUCGCAGGCGUACUCGAUAUUACCAAAUGUUUCUACGAUGCAAUGGAAAAACUAGAGCGCGCCUAUAGCUCAUCUCGGAAGCUAUACGAUGCUAUGCAAGGCGUACAAGCUGAACUAGGCUCCACACAGCCUCAGCAGAUUAUUCAAUAUGUGGAGGCACUACGAUCGAAGAUGUCUGGCCCAACUUUAGAGUCUGUUUUGACUGGCCUGCCACCAACGACUGUGUCUGUACGCACAUCGGUCAAAGAGGCUGCAGCACUUAUGAAAGAGAACCACACCACAGCAGUCUUGGUACAAGAUGGAAGUUCUAUCACUGGAAUCUUCACGAGUAAAGAUGUCGUUCUGCGUGUUAUUGCUGCUGGACUCGACCCAGCAAAUUGCAGCGUCGUCCGUGUGAUGACCCCACAUCCCGACUUUGCACCAAUGGAUAUGAGUAUCCAGGCUGCUCUGCGGAAGAUGCAUGAUGGUCACUACCUUAACUUGCCUGUGAUGAGCGAGCAUGGUGAGAUUGUUGGAAUGGUUGAUGUGCUUAAGCUCACAUACGCCACGCUUGAUCAAAUCAACUCAAUGAGCACUGGCGAUAAUGAAGGUCCCGCGUGGAACAAGUUCUGGCUCUCGCUCGACAAUGAGACCGAGUCUGUCAUGUCCGGCGACGGGAGUCGUCUUCCCCAAACGCCCGACCAUCGUUCGCUCAUAUCACCAGAGCACGGGAGACCAGGCGGUAUGCUGGACCGCGGCGAUAGUGUGAUGCCAAACGAAUCUGCAUCGCAUCAUGGUGCCGAUUCUCCUCCACAAUCCGCGAUGGGUGGACCUUCAGCAUCUAUCGAAGAUUCGCCAUUUCCUUUCAAAUUCAAGGCACCAAGCGGACGCGUACAUCGUCUUCAAGUUGUAGCCUCUGCCGGUAUCGAAGACUUAUUCAAUCGUGUAGCGGGCAAGCUCGGGGGAGAGGCCGACUCUAUUGGGGGUGUUCCAACAUUCGAAGAUGGGAAGAUGAACACUGCAGGUUUCGCGCUUAGCUAUCUGGAUAAUGAGGGAGACCAGGUCUCGAUUACGACGGAUCAAGAUCUUUUGGAAGCCAUUACCAUCUCACGCCAUGCUCAUCGCGACAAGGUCGACCUAUUUGCCCACGAUCCCAAUCAGCCAGCAUUACCUGCAACGCUUGACCCUCAUCCAGGUCUGCCCAAACCACCCACUCCACCUGAGUCUGUCAUGAGAGAACGCCGAAGAAUUCUCGAGGGAGACGACGAUGAAGAGGAAAUUGAGAGGCAUAGGCGCAAAACUGCUCAGCAAUCGACACCCAAGGUUGAAGAGCAGCUGAUUGCGGGCGUACCGAACGAGCUGUUGCUACCUGGUGCUAUCGUUACGUUGGCCGUUGUCAUUGUGGGAGUUUUCACAUUGAGUCGCUCCACGAGCAGGUGA